CAGUCGCCUCUUAAGACAGUGGAUAUCACCUCUCAGAUGAUGGACCCGAAGACCAAAUACAGUGAUCUGAUGGCGAAGACUCGCCAGUCGUUUGCCGCCGGAAUCACUAAAGAUGUGGAGUUCCGGAAGAAUCAGUUGAAAGCGUUGUAUAAGUUUCUGGUGGACAACGAGUCGUUGAUUGUGUCGGCGCUCAACGAAGACAUAAGGAAACCAUCGUUUGAGACACGAAUGGCUGAAAUUGACUUUUGUCUCAACGAUAUCAGAGGACAGCUCUUCAAUAUAGAUGAAUACGUGGCCCGAAAAUCAGUGCCAAAAACUUUGGUGACCAUCGCUGACGACCCGUUCAUACAGUCAGAGCCGUACGGUUUGGUGCUUAUAAUCGGUGCCUGGAAUUACCCGAUUCAGGUCACUCUGAGUCCACUCAUUGGUGCCAUCGCUGCCGGAAACGCGGCGAUUGUCAAGCCGUCGGAGUUAUCGCCCAAAACCGCUGAAUUGUUUUAUCAAUUAAUUCCCAAAUAUCUGGACAAACGAUGCUAUCAUAUCGUUCUUGGAGACGCUGAAGACACGAAACAAUUAUUGACCGAAAAGUUUGAUUAUAUAUUCUUCACGGGAAGCAAUAGAGUGGGCCGUUGUGUCCACCAAUUGGCGGCUCAACAGUUGACUCCAACGACACUAGAGUUGGGCGGAAAGAGUCCUCUGUUUGUCGACGACUCUCUGCCUGAUAUGGAGAUGGGAUGGCGGCGUAUACUAUGGGCUAAAAUGAUAAACGCCGGCCAGACUUGUGUUGCACCCGAUUAUAUACUUUGCACACCAAAUGUACACAAAAAUCUCGUUCAAAACGCGUCUAAAGUAUUGAAGAUUUUUUUCGGUGAAAAUCCCAAAUUGAGUCCAGAUUUUGGACGCAUUGUUAGUGACAGACAUUUUGAACGUUUAGAAAAGUUUUUAACUUCUGGUAAAAUACUUAUCGGUGGCGAUAAAGAUAUUACCGAUAGAUAUAUAGCGCCAACUAUUUUGACUGAUGUCUCGCCAACUGAUCCCGUUAUGCAAGAAGAGAUUUUUGGACCAAUUCUUCCGAUUAUUGUUGUUAAAGAUGUUGACGAAGCGAUUGAUUUCAUUAAUAAACGUGAAAAGCCAUUGACUUUAUAUAUUUUCUCCACCAAUAAAGUAGUGAUCGACAAGUUAUUGAAUAAGACGUCGAGUGGAUCUGUUUGUGUGAACGACGCUAUGAUUCACUUGACAGUAGACGCCCUGCCAUUUGGAGGGGUCGGCAACAGUGGUAUCGGUGCAUAUCAUGGGAAGUACUCUUUCGAGACGUUCUCACACCAAAAAUCUGUUUUGAUCCGUGGUUUUAAUCCAGUGCUGGAAUGGGUUGGCUCUAAACGAUAUCCUCCUUAUAGUGACAAUCGAUUGAAACGUUUGUUGCGUUUACUGAGGAAACGAAAGUCUAUUAUCCCAAAGAACACAAUCUAUUACUUGAUAUUCAUAUUUGGAUUUAUUUCUUGUUUUAUUUACAAAGAGAUUGAGAGCUGUUUGUUGUGA